GAUGGAAACCUUGGAAACGCCAUUAAUCGCAACAACAACAACAAGCAUUGACCCUCAGAGUCAGAAGUGUCUCCAAAAAGAUACCUUGAUCCAUGUGUCAGUCUGUUGAGUGGGGAAAAGUAAAUUCCAGACUACGGAAUCCUGUCCACAAAUCUCUCCCCGGAGCUCUAGAGUCUAAACUAGCCCAAAUCUGACGCCGAACUGGAGUGUUUCAAGACACAGUGAGCUGGUAUUGAUCUGCUGUCGAGUGAAACUUUUGACGGAAAAUGGCAUCAGUCAACCAGGACCAGCAACCAUUCAACUUGGCUUCAAGAAUGGAAUUGCCUAAUCCAGUGAGUCUUGAUGACAUGAAAGGAAUAUUUGCGUCCCAAAAUGUUGAUCUAGAUGCUAGAGACGAACGUGGUUGGUCGCCUCUGAUGAUCGCUUGUGGUAAAGAUAAGAAGGAAAUGGUCCAGUUCCUCCUUGAUCAUGGAGCUGACCCCAAUGCAAAAGGCUCCAAAGAUGGAAACACACCAAUGCACUUUGCUUCCAUUGGCAACAACUGUACAAAACUUCCACCAUUAGAUUAUUUUUAUUCCCGUCAGGGCUGGGACAUGCAGUCAAGAAAGGAGAUCCUUGGACUUCUCAUCAAUCAUGGCGCAACACUGACCUGUAACUUAAAUGGACUCGAUCCUCCUUGCAUGGCAGCAAUUUACAAUUUCCAAGACAUCGUUGAAUUUUUUGUGCAGGGAAAAACCCAUGAAUUGCGAUUGUCCAAUGCAGAAAAGGCAAGAGUUUAUGAAAUUCUUGGAGUGGCAGUGGGCCUUAAUGCUAACCUCAACGCACCCACUUGCAGAGGUGAGGAGCACCCAUGUACACAUUUCUGCAGAGCUCUGUCUAUUCACAAGGAAAAUAGUAUUAAACCCUAUGGGAAUCAUGGAAAGUCUGAAGUAGCUGCUUCUUUCUCUCUUUUCUCUGAAACAAAGGAAUGUAAGACUCAAGAAGACUGGGAAAACAUCAAGUCAGAUCAGUGGUCUUUAAAGAACCAGUGCUUCUUGGUUGCAGAAAGAGUGCUCCCAGAAGAAAUAAAAGAUAGCUACAUCUUUCGAAGAGUUUUCGAGCAUGGGCUUGAUGGCGUGAUGUUUCACAAGGGAAGGAACCAGGAAACACUGUCACAAUGCUCUCAGAUCUGUAGAGAAUUAAUACAGUUGGAGUUGGAAUCAAAACUUGAGCUUGGAUCAGUCCUUGUCUACCUAAUGACAGGUAUCCGUUACGGAGGAGAACUUGAACAUGAAGAAGUUGAUGAGUGUUACAAGUUGCUAGACCUUUGUCUGCAGGUGUUUAGUAAAGACUCCCAGGACCUUAAACUCGACGUUAAAUUGGUGGAUGAAGUUGGCGAUUUAUUGUUCGAUUUUGCUCUAGUUUUUGACUCUGCCAAGUCUAAGAAAAUGUUUGAACCACUGCUUCAGUUUGGUGAAGGAAUGGUAAGAGUUAUAAGAAUGCAAAUUGGUGAAAAAUCUUGUGUAUCAAUCUCUCACCGUAUCUUGGAACGCGUUAAGGAAUUGUAUUGGGGGUUUUCCGAAGAUAGGGUAAAAAAGGAUGAGUACCGUCGAAGGCAACUGAAAGAGAAUCGUAUGAGGCGUUUGAUCUUAAGGAUGAUGCGAUGUGAAGAUGCAACUCAAAUUGACUCUAACGGGAACUCAAUGUUGCAUUCGUUACUCUGUCUUGAUGGCCAUGCCAGACAUCAGUUCACAAAGGAAAUUGCUCUGAUCCUUAUCCGCAAUGGGUGUGAUAUUGAAGCACGAGAUGCUGAUGGUUUGACAGUGAAAGAGAAUAUCUGUAACAGUAGACGUUAUGAAUUUGAUCCAGAUGCACCAGAAAAUGAAGAGCUAAUGACCCUGCUGUCCCCACCAAGAACAACGUUACCUCUUCAAGAAAUAGCAGCAAGAACAAUCCUUCGCUGCAAGAUCCCGCAUGAGGGCAUAGUACCAAGACAUCUGUCUGUUCUUCUUACAGGGGAAGUUGAAUACUCAGACUCAGAACUUUAUCUAUCUCCUAGUGACUGUGAGUCAAGUGCAAGUGAGCAAGGUGAAUGGGGUUAUUCCAGUCCUGAUGGUAGUGUAUCUGAUGGUGUUAUGUCUGAUUGACAUGAUACUCCCUGGUCUCAUUAAACUUAAACUAAACGCUCUGUCACUAGUAAUACACUUGCCCUCCAGGACCAGUACCAGACCCAGUAAACAAAUAGGUGAUAGGGCUUUUUAAGUUAUUGCCCCAAAACCCUGAAUGCCUAACCCCCUGUCUUGCAAUGCGUGUCUUCAAACACAUCUUUUCCAAUUUCUGUAAAUAUUCAUUUGUUCUUUAUCAAUUUAUGCUUUGUAUAAUAAUGUUCUCUUGCUUUGUUUGUAAUUAU